AAUGUUAUCAUUGUCAAAAUUUUAUUCCCAAAAGAUGUGGUUUAUAAGUUAUAUUUGUAUUUAAUUAUAAUUAAUGCAGCUUCGAAAUUCAUUAUGGACUGUUACAGCGCAGAGUCUGAAUUUAUUGAAUCACUGGACUUUUUGAGUCCACCAGUGAAAAGGAUCCAUAACAGCAGGGACGCAUUUGCUAGUGCUUACAACACCGACGCUAACAACGUGCACUUGCUGCGGGGGCUUCGCAACAAGUUCGCCAGGCGAGGACCCAGCUCCCCGAAGAACAUAACUAGACCUGUCAAGCCGACUGCUGAUUCUUCUACAUCUUUAAUACUUAAGAAAACCUCUGAGAGACAGAUUCUCGAACAUUAUUCAAUUGUGAGUUACACGAGCUUACACCCUGAACAAGACACUUCUUCCGUACAUGAAUUGGACAGAAAUCAAAAUAAUUCGGAAAAACCUCUUAUCAAAGUUACAGUUAUACCGAAAACGGAUCAUAUACAAACAGCAAAACUGCUUAGAAGACGGAGAUACGCACCAAAGAGAGUACAGAGCACUUCAUCAAAUCACGAGAAUUCUGUGCAAACGAAGAACGUUUACCUAAUAGUAGCGGGUCGAAGAAGAGAGAAAAUAUAUGAGAUCAAGACAACCGGCAGCGCGAAACUGUCUACAGACCACGACAGCUACACAAAAGAUGACGAAAUUCCCAUAAAAGAGCUAUCGAACUUCAAACACCUGAUCCAGUCUUUGAAUAUGGAUAGAAAGAAAAAGAAAGAGAAGAAGGAAACAGUGGAGAACUUGGAAGUGCCGCCAGCACAGGACUCCAUCGACUGGCAGGGUUACCCGGACUGUCAGAACUGCAUAUGCAUGAAAGACAACCAGUCAACUGAGUCGCCUCAAAAGAGUCGCGUCAGAAUAUUUGGCCAGUUCGGCAUUUCUGACGAGGAUAAAUACGUAUUGAGAUAUGGAGCUUCCGUUAAUGAUAAACAAGUUUUAUCAGACGUCGCUCAAUUGACGCGAGAAUUUUCGCCAAUUAUAGCUACAACUUCUUAUGGAACUGCAGAUAUACAAUCAGCACAACAAAAAGAUUCAUGUAUACAGGCUGACUAUAACUACGACCUUGAUGUUGAAAAACCGCCAAUCUCUGAUGAAGUACCAAGCAAGGAAUCACAGGGGACACAAGUUAAUUUUAAUGUCCAAGUUGCUAUGACAAAACCCAGGGGUACAACUUUUUCUGACAAGAAGAUUCAAUGCAGCUGCUGUGCUGUGCCCAAGAAAUCCGAACACAACCCUCUUAAAGUUUGUCAGAGUCCUUUAGUUAUAAUAUCUGUUUACCCAAAACCAAGCCCUGAAGAUUUACUAAAAUCGGUCCCAAGCAACUUUUCUGAUAUAAGUCAGAAUCAGUCGCCAGGUAAAAUGAGUACGUACACAAGUAAUCAGAUAUUGAAAACAGAUAAAACUGCAAAGAAAAGUUCUGAACAAACAAAGCGAACCUAUAAAAGCCCAAUAAUAAGUCGUACCCCAUCACCUGUAAAAAAAGUAUCAAAAUCUAAACUACUGGACGACAUGCCAGUUAAGCUAUCUGUGAACGAAAGAAGAAGUCCUGAUCGACAAAAAGCGCUGAAAGCUAUCAAAGAGAAGAUACAAGAAAAAGAUAGACUUAAACUUGAAAACAGUGCACGAAAAAUGCCAUCAAGAUUGAAUGAGACUUUUGCUACGCAGGUCUCAAAAAACCUUCAGAAUCUUACAGUGUCAAACGCAACACAAGUUUCAAAAAAAAAUCAACGAUUAUACACCGCCUCUGAUGCAACGCAGGUCUCUAAUAGAAAUAAACAACUCUACACAGCUUCUAAUGGAACACAGGUGUCUGCUAAGAAACGCCAGGAUUUCACUGUCUCUGGUACACAAUAUUCUGAUGGGCCGCAGAGUCUGUCAGGAUCGUACGCUACAAAAGGUGAAGAUGAUACUGCUGACAGCAUAGAUGAUGCUGUGCAUGUUAAACAAACAAAAAAUGUGGCUAUUUCCAAACAUCCACAAAUCAAAACUUCUCCUAUCAGUCCCCGUACAACUCUCGUGUCUAAUGCGACACAGGUACCUAAAGUUCCUCAAUUCUUUGCCAGCAAUGCAACACAAAUCUCUCAAAGCGAUGCCUUUAUGGUAUCAAAUUCGACGCAGGUCUCUAAAAACAAUCAAAAUUUUAUUGCAUCACGACUGGCAAAAAAUCAAGAAACAUACACUGCACCAGUACAAGUAAUUCAGAACCAACAAACCUCGAGAUUAAUCCCGAAAGCUAAAGCUGAAACAGGAACAAAUACGGAUCACGCUCGUGCCAAAAAGGCUUUAGUAGAUUCUUAUACAAAGAAACUCACUGAGCAAAUGAUACAGAAGGAAUAUCUUCCCGCUAAUUAUGUCAACUCUAAGGUUACAAUAAACAUAGACGCCGAUAAAGAGUACUACGACGUGUUGUUUAAUCAAGAUAAACUAUCAACCGACUUGACCAUUCGAAAGAAACUAAAAGAGUCCCCAGAUGUUAAUGAAAAUCUGUAUCCAGUAUCGUUCGACAAUCUGUACACGCCUGAUAGCGUGCUACAAAAGACAGCAGUAUUUAUACCCGGAAAUAAGGUCAAGCCAACAAAAUUUGAUUCGAAUAUUCUCAGUAAUAAUCAUUCAGGCGAUGAGUCACCCUUAGGAAAACAUGUCUCAAGACUUACCAUACGAGAUAGUUUAGAGAUUUCUCACAGGCGUGAAGAUAAAAGUAUGAACAAUAACAAUAUAAAAAACACGCAGACUUGUUUCACGGCUCAGUUCACGGAGCCCGUGCCAGAUGAAACGGAAGUCUUAGCUCCCAUCAAGCACUUCACUGGCGACGAUUGUUCUAUAUGUAAUCCCAUAGAGAGAGAUAAACAAAUAAGGGAACUUCUUGGUGUCGAUAAAAAAAAACCUUCCAUCGCCAAAACAAGACAGGCUCAAUCUUGUAAAACCGAUGCCGGAAUUCCAUAUCAGUAUAUCUUCAGAAAAGAAUGUAAGAAAAGUCAAGUCACGGAAAUUAAUUUUGAGUUUCAAAAGCUAUGCCCCUGUUUUACCCGUCGUCAUCUUAAAGAAAAUCCAUCUGUGUCUGUCCAAUGUCAAGAUUGUGUAAAUAAGCCAAGAGAAGCCUUAAAAAAUUCAAAAUUUGAUAGCGUAAUAACUGACGCCACAUGUACAUAUGCACAUGACAAGGAACCUCCUAAACCUUCACGUAACGACAGUCCUGCUAUCUAUCAACAAUUAAUACUCAACCGAAAUAUUCAAGUUUUUCUGCAAGUAGAUCAAUUUUCUAAACAAAAACCCAUUGUACUAUCCCGGCAGCAAUAUAAUAAAGUUAAAAAAACAAUUCAAAAGACCAUUUGUUUAACAAAAAACAGUAGUCACGACAAACGAAAACCGUUAUUAUCUAGACUACGUGACAGGAGUCAAGUAUCUGUCGGGAUAGUGAGGACCAAAAAGCCGAAGGACCCGAAAAGUCUUCAAGAAAGAGCAGCUCAAACUGAUACGAUACCAAAAGAAACCGAUAAAAAAAAGAAUGUGAUCAAAGCUAAACCGCCAAAAGAAAAACCCCGUCCGAAACCAGAGCCAAAGAAAGUUAAUAAAGAUUCGAGAGAAUUAAAAGAAGCGAGAGAAAGAGAAGCAAGAGAAGCAGCGAGAAAAGCGCGAGAAGCGAGGGAAGCGAGAAAAGCGAGAGAAGCGGAAGAAAAGAAAAUAAGGAAAAGGAAAUUAACAGAGCAUCUAGAUAUACGAAGUGUAGAUCAUAUUUCAGAAAUAAUGUCCUUUGAUAAGAUUUGCGAGGACUUUUCAUCGAGUUCUGAAGACAAAAAAUGUCUUGAUUAUUGUCCUGCGCCAUGCUCCGAAGAUUACAGUGACGUAAAAGUGAAGGAACCAUCUAUCGCACCGGAACCAGAAGGAUGCCAGGCUAAAUCCUGUUUAGAACGCCCUUGUGAAGGAGAGUGCGGUAGAAAAUGCGUGGAUGAAGACAAGUUGCCACGAUUCCGUGCAGCGAAGCUAAACGAUGAUGAGGAACACGCAGAGAAAGAAGUUAAAACUUUCGUUUUGUUUAAUUCAGAUAAUGUCCAAGAUCCUGUAAUACCCGAACCUAAAGAACCUGAUUACGAUGGUCAUAAUAGAAAGACAAUGUCUUCAGUGGAGGUACGUUACGCAAGCGUCGCUUAUAUGAAGCAAGUGGCGUAUUCGUCGACGGACGUUGGAGCUCCGUCUGACUCGAGUAUAGCUCAUGUGAAUUCCUUUCAUACCAUAUUCAGAGGGCACAGAAAGUCAGCUACACCAAAUCUAGGAACUUCAGCAUACUCUUUAUAUUCCGAAGAUGUGUUGAAUUCUGAAAAUAAAUCGGCCAAGUAUAUUAUGGAGCCCAGAGACUCGAAACCCAAGAAGCCGUUUUUGAGAAGACUUAUGUCGUGUUUGGUGAUGAGAUCGACGAGAGACUCGGACCUUAAGCUACCCAUUGGGCCUGCUCCGGAACCACCCAGUGUCAACAGUUCUAUUGAUUCAUACCAUAUCAGCACGUCGCUUGGGGCUGUGGAAGUGAGUUCAUCGAUUUACGAUACGUCAGCAUCUUUCUACAGCAAUCACACGAUACUCCCAGUAAACAGCAAAAUAAAGAGAGGUUUCUUUAGCUCAGUCAGAGGCUUUCUCACAAAUAGAAAAAGUUGAUGCUAGUGAUUUUUUUUACUUUUUAUUUUUUAACUUUGUAUAUGGAUGUUGUUCAUCAAUGUGAUUGUCAACUGUUUUACAAUGAAAGGUAUAUUUAAAAAUUGGUGUUUUUAUUUCAAGCUCCUUCUCCUAAUUUCUGUCGUAAGUAUUCCGCUCAAUAGAAUGCUGCACACCUUAGUUUCCCCACGUCUUAAAAACUUCUUCUUCCUCCGAGCCUUUUCCCAACUAUGUUGGGGUCGGCUUCCAGUCUAACCGGAUUCAGCUGAGUACCAGUGCUUUACAAGAAGCGACUGCCUAUCUGACCUCCUCAACCCAGGGACCCGGGCAACCCAAUACCCCUUGGUUAGACUUG